UGAAGCUGUAAGACACGCCGCUAGCUGGGACUACACGUUUAGUUAAAAUUAUUACUUUGGGCGUCACUAAAAUGUACAGAACACCUUCCAAGCGAUGUCAAAUGUUGACGUGGGUACGUUUUACGUAGAGAAUAGUUAAAAAUGAGAGCUUACUGACAUUUCUAUUCACGUUUAGUAGCCCACGUGUGUCACUCCUCGUCACCGACUGUCUUUAUAAACGUCGGUUAUUCGGUCAAGCCUCGGCUGACGGCUGUUUCGUUGCCCAGAUAAGUGGCGGACUCUCCGGGCAGAGGUUGACAUGAACCCACAAAAGAGGCUCCGCACCACAGAGGAUGAAGCAGAAGCACCGAGAGGAGGAGAGGAGGAGAGGAGAACAGUGGAUGUGAGUAUUGUUGUCCCAGUAUACAAUGCAUCCUGCUGGCUGGAUGAAUGUCUGCAGGCCAUACUACACCAAGACUUCACUGGAACCAUGGAGCUCUCUGUAUUUGAUGACGCAAGCACUGAUGACUCCAGGAAAGUGGUGGAGAGUUGGACGGAGAGGCUGGAGGCGAGGGGCAUCUCAGUAGUGAUCUCCGGCCACAACUCUGACCAACCCAGAGGAGUGGGAUAUGCAAAGAAUAAGGCAAUAGCUCAGAGUUGUGGACAAUACUUAUGCUUUCAGGAUGCGGAUGAUGUUAUGUUGCCCCAAAGAGUUCGUCUGCAGUAUGAGGCAUCUGUCCUCCACCCAAACUUUCUGAUUGGCUGUAAACUUCGGAGGGUUCCAGAGGGAUCUACUGAGCGUUACACUCGCUGGAUCAACACAAUCACUCAGGAUCAGCUCAUCACACAGGUGUACACGUCUCAUGGGCCCUCAGUCGUCAUGCCAACAUGGUUCUGCUCAAGGAACUGGUACCUGAAGGUUGGACCGUUUGAUGAGGGAGGCAAGGGAGUCCCGGAGGACUUGCUCUUCUUCUACCAGAGUCUUCGUCAGGGAGGGGGCGUGGCCAGGGUCGAUCAGUGCCUGCUGGUGUACCGUUACCACGAGAAGGCCACCACACACUCUGUAACAGAGGAAACCAUUUGGAAGCUGCGAGUGGACUUCCUGCAGGAGAGAGUUCUCAGCCAAUGGGAGAGCUUCACCAUAUGGAACGCCGGGAAACAGGGCCGGAAGCUGUACCGAAGCCUGAGCCCGACCAAUCAGAAGAAGGUGACAGCUUUCUGUGAUGUUGACGAGAACAAGAUCCAGAAAGGCUUUUACACAUAUGAGGAAUCCAAGGAAAGACCUAAGCCCAAAAUCCCAGUCUUGCACUACAAAGACGCCUCCGCCCCCUUCGUUAUCUGUGUUAAACUGGACAUGACGGGAGGCGUUCUGGAGGAAAACCUCAACUGUUUGCAGCUAAAGGAAGGAACAGAUUACUACCAUUUCAACUGACUGCUCAGAGUGGCGGAGAUGACAAGAGGAACCCUGCAGCUUUACCAGGCCAAGAGGAAUGCACACAAAGUGAGGGACAGGCAGAUGAUAAGAACUGAACACUGGGACAGAGUCAGUGACAAUACCAAGACCAGAGAAAGAGAAAGUUAUAAUGUAUUUUAAGUAGGGAUGCCCGACAAGGAUUUUUUUCAGCCGAUACUGCUAAUAACCUGCUUCUCAUGACCGAUAGUUUAUUAUGCACACCUGAGGGUAAGAAAGGCUAAGAUGUAACGAGCAAAAGUGGAUGAUUUAAUAUUCCAUAGCUCGGACCUAACCAAAUCUAACCAACAUAUUUUUUGUCAGUUCAUAUUUAACACAACAAAAGCAAAGAACAGUUCUGACUCCUCAAGUGCUCAUUUAUUUUUUCUAGUAAAGUUCAUCAAAAAACUUGUAUUGCAAAAUGCGAUCGUGUUGCCUUCCUCUGAAAUUGUGAAAAACAUCCACACCAGCGACAAUCGUCUCUUCUUAUUCUUGUUAUUCAUAACAAUUCACAUUAUCUGCCAAUUAUGUUACGGGCCCGAUAUAUAUCAUGCAUCCCUAAUUUUAAGUUUUUAUAAGAUGAUUUUAUCUGUGGGAAAGAGUGUGAAAAUUGAAAGUUCUCAAAGUUUUACUUGGCAAAGUUGACAGAUCUGCUGAUAAUGGCACACCAAUGUAUCCCAGCCCUGUUUUCUCUACCUCACAUCUGAACCACAACACUGGGAUAGUUGUUAUUAUUGAGAGGACCGAUUCCAAUCUUAUAUCUGUUCAUUAAAUAUGAAGCUACAGCCAGGCGACACUUAGCUUAGCUUGGCACAAAGACUGGAAACAGGUGGAAACAGCUAGCCUGACUCUGUCCAAAGGUAACAAAAUGUUCCUACCAUGUUUGUUUAAAUCGUACAAAAAAUAAAAAAAAGUACAAACUUGGGGGUUAUGUGCCGAACUAUUUCUUGGUCGAGUGCAGUUACUCCAGCUUUUUAUGGUAAUUUUUACACUUCAAGUUUUGUGUGAAUCAAACAAAGUACACAUAACAUGUUAAUCAGUGAGCUUUAGGGGCGCUCGUAGGCAGAUUUUGUGACCUUUCGAUUGAGGCUAGUCGUUUCCCCGUUUACAGUCUUUGUGCUAAGAUAAGCAAAUCAUCUCCUGGCUGUAGCUUCAUAUUUAACUGACUGAGUGGUAUUGAUCUUCCCGUCUAAAUAUGGGCAGGAAUAGGCAAAUAUGCAUAUUUCUCAAAAUGUCAAAAGUUUGCUUGUUAUAAAAGUUUGAACAUGGGUGUUUAACCUGACCUGGAGUUGAAAGAGAUGGCGAGACAGAAAAGUGCACGGAUGAUUUUGUUAUUGAAUUACAAAGAAGAGAGCAAUAAUGCAAGAGGACAUGACGAUUGCCAAUGUUGGAGGAAUAAAAUGUAACUGCGUUUUCUAA